GCCUAAUCUUGAAAUUCUUAUGCAUAUUUUUACCCAGCACUAUAAAACCCCUUUGAAAGCCCAGUAGGGCGUGGACUUGCGACUGGGGCAUGGUGGUGGAUGGUAGUGUGCAUUUUAGUUCCUUAUUUUCUGAGUUCCUGUACAUGUAUGGCUGAAGGUGGAAGCCUAGUUUAGUUUGGCCUUUGUUUUUGUGCAAGACGCUGUGUUCUUUAAUUUGCAUCACCACCACCAUUAUUACACCAAAGGGUUCAGUGGUCCGAAUAGUCUUGCAAUUCUAUUUCGCUCUCUGUCUCUGUAAUUGCCGUGCGACCCAACCUCUGCAACAACAUCCACCAUGAAGAUCCUGUGCCUUGUUUUGGUUGUCGCCCUUCUCCAAUACAGUGCAGCAGUCCCUUCGACAUGUCAGACGUGUGUCGAUGGAGUUGCUUGUUCGAAGUUGGAUUGGGCGACUAAGGAGAACUGUGCUACCCCGAACAAUGUGGGAUGUUAUCGUCAACUCAGGAAUGACAUCCUACUCAAAGCAGGAUGUGCCAACGCUGCCAUGAAGAAAGCUGCAGGUGAUAAGAACGGGGAAUGUGACACCAGCAACGAUAUCAGAACCUGCUUCUGCGAUGACAAAGACGACUGCAAUAGCGCGAGUUUCAUCAAGUUGAGUGUGCUGGCUUUGGCUGCUGCACUGGCCGCGGCACUUUGGCUCUAGAGGGCCGAGGGUUAAUAAAGGAAUUCGAAUUAAAGAUGCAACCAAGAACUUUUGUCCCGUCCAGCGUCUGCUUAUAACGCUAUUUCAUCAUAAGCACUAUACUUACUCAGCACUUGUAGUGAUUAAAAUGAGGAGCAGAGUUACAAUUUCAAGAAUACAGAUUUGCCCUGAUUUGCAAAUACCUGUCCGAAUCAAACCGAGUGUAUAUCCAAAUCAAACGCGCAACUAUGCGCGAGUUACGUUAGGAAGUACUGACAGGUUUAAGUCUAAUUGCAAUUGUACUAGAUUUUCCUCUGUUUUAGAUGAUGAUUUAUAAAAGUUAAAAAAGUGAUCAGUAUAAAUCAACCACGAUAAAUCAGCGGAAAAACAUAGUUCUUGGUUGUUAAAUAUUCGUUUUCAGGUUUUACGAAAAGUUUUCAACUCGGAAUUAUUUUGUUGUUUUGUAUUUGCUUUGGGGUUUUAGUUGGUUAGUUAGUUUGUCCGUUGGUUUGUGUAUUUUGGUGGAUGUUUUCUAAUAGUCGAUUAAACUCACCGCAUGUUUGAUGUGCUUUUUUGUGAAUCAGCAAAAACGAAAAUUUGAUCAGGAUUCGGCUUUAUUUUUGUCGUAUACUUUGCUGGUUCGUACUAAUAAGAACUGAACAGACUCGCAGAGUGAUAGAUCAACACAGCUUUGGUUUCCCUGCAAUGAGAGCCUAUGACACUGUGCAUGUAAUUAUUUUCACAGAUUAAAACUCGUCACUAAUUUAUAACUGUGUUGCUCCAGUUAAAAAGGUAAAAUGCCAAGGGUUAAUGUUAAUUCAAAUGCAAUCACUAGGAAUGACUCCAAUCAGCGUGGUAUGAUAUGCACACUUGAGGCUUGAUAGCUUAAACGGCAAGCUAGAAGGGAUUUCCUGAUGCAGAUUUACCCAAUUUGAAAUGUCAUUGUUAAAAUCAAACUAGCGAUAAAAAAAUAAGACUGUACGCGUCUUGUGCUAUUCAUUUUUGUCUCAUAGCAAUAGACUGAAGCAAACAUUCUUUAAAACUUUACUUCUCAAAUUUUUGCAAUGAGAGAGAUGCUUAGUUUCACGUUUUUGUAAACAAGUUACCGGUAUAAUUUAUAUUUGUGAAGACUACCUUAAAUAUCAGCGAGAACGGUUAUAAACACAGAAAAUGCUGUAUUUACUGAUAAUGUGUCGGUAUUUUGUAGCGAACCACUUUCCAACAUAAAACUACAUUGUUUUAUUCGGUGUUUGGAACAUUCACAUGAGAUGUAUGGUUGAACAUGCAGAAUUAUGAUGUGAAUCACAAUACCUCAAGCAACAGCUAAUUCCUAUCCAAGCCACAUACAAACAAUCUGACACCAAUAACCUUCAAAUUUAAAUAAAAUUUAUGAUAUAUAAA